UGUUGGGAUUUCUGUAGGCUUUUUUCAUUGCAAUUGAACACUUUCAAUCGAAAUGACAUCUGCGGCAUAUUGGGUUACCUUACUCGGUUUGGUUUUGCUUAAGCAGGGAUCGACAUCGCUUUUGGAUGAGGAUUGUGGAGUGGCAUCUGAUAUUGUAGGAAGGAUAAUGCACGGUACGCCUGCGGGGAUCCUUGCCAAUCCCUGGAUGGCCCUAAUUAAAACGCCGACCGAGUUCAUCUGUGCAGGAACGCUUAUUAAUAAUCGUUUCGUCUUAUCGGCUUCCCAUUGUCUUUGCAAAUCGAGUGAUUGUAGAGAAAAGCACAUUCAGCUCAUUGCUCGUCUGGGAGAGUAUAACCGAUCAACGGACAAUGAAUCCUUGCAUCGCCAUGAAGACUUUAAUGUGGUGAGCUUCUACGAACCCAAGCCAUUUGAAACGAAUACCAGCUACGGUGACAUAGCUUUGCUAAAAUUGCAAAGAAGUGUGGUUUACAAACUCCAUAUUCGACCGAUUUGCAUUCAGCUGGAUAGCCGACACAAAUCGGAAACGGAUGCCAUUAGCAAAUUCACGUCAGUUGGCUGGGGAAAAACGGAAACGGGUAAUACGAGUGAUGUACUUCAAACAGCCACUAUCAACAGACUGGAUAAAAGCACUUGUUAUCAAUUCUUGUGGGAAAAUUUGACUGAUUCACAAAUCUGUGGAGGCUCAGGAAAUGGGGCCGAUACCUGUAAUGGAGACUCCGGAGGACCCUUGUAUUCAAAAGUUUCAGACGGUGUCACAUGGCGCCAAACUCAAUUCGGAAUCGUUAGCUUUGGAUCCAAACAGUGUGGCGGAAUAGGUGUUUACUCCGAUGUUAUGAGCCAUGUCGACUUUAUAGAGCGAGUCGUCUUGGAAUCCGACAUUGCCGUCUUACUUCCAACGAUAGACUUACUGGACGAAGGGUGUUUGGAUAACGCAAAAUUAGGAAGAAGACCAAAAACCCCUCCAGAAACUUUUCCCUGGUUAGCCCAGGUUUACAUGGAAUCUUUUGUGGUGUCCUACGGCGCACUUAUAUCCCACAGAUUUGUACUGACAACUGCCGAGCUAAUUCCUGAAGAAAUUCUAUUGAAGGUUCUUUUUGAGGAGACCAGUGAAAGUAUUAUGGAUUUCUACGCAGUUAGUUCUGUACACAAGCACCCAGAAUUCAUGAGCUUGGCUAGGAACGACAUCGCUCUGCUUGAAUUGGAGAGCGGAGUGGAGUACAGUGAUUUGAUAAGACCGAUCUGUUUGCCUUCACCAACUAAUAAGAAAGAACAAGAUAAGUUCCAGAUGAAGGCUGAUCGUGCGGAGGAACUCACUGCCGUAGGAUGGGGCAUCCGGAGACCAUCGAUGGUACAUCGGGUUAAUUCUACCGAAUGCUACCAGGAGGAUCUCCAAGAGAUCGGAAACAAGCAAAUCUGCAUGGAGCACCCCAAAUCUAUUACAUCGAACGUGGGCAGUGGCAGUCCCUUGGUUAAGCCUCUUUCCCACGGAAAUAGUAGGGCGUUCACACUCGUCGGGUUGGCAAGUUUCGGAAGGAUGGAAAAACACUCCCGAGAUGUCUAUACCAAUGUUUUGAGCUACGUGGAUUGGAUAGGAACUCUGGUACAGAUGUAGAUUUCCUAUCAACAAAUCAACUAUUAAGAACGAGUUCUUUAGGUUGAAGUUCAUUUGUAAAGCAAAAGUGUUAAUCACUUGUCAUUGGCUUUAAAAUAAAAAGGAAAACAACAUUUUUUUUAAAUUGCGAAAAUAAUAUUUAUUU